AUGCGAACGUGUCCAACCGCAGCACUGGAAGUCUUGCUAGACCUUUCACCGCUACAUCUGGUAAUCAAACAGACAGCCAAACGAACUCUGCUCCAAAUGACAUCAGAGGGAGCUGGCAAAGGGAAGGUGAUCUCAUCCCAGCAGAUGAAAGCGCUAAGUGAGAAAAUACUACUAGCCCUUCUUCCAAGGGAUAGCAUUACCAAAGGAGUAAACUUCAACAGGAAGUUUAAAGUUACCCUCGGCAGCAAGUCUGAAUGGAAUAAUUCAUCACUGGAUCUGCUGCUACGGGAAAGCACUAUCAAGUGGUACACCGACGGGUCGAAAACGGAGGAGGGGAUUGGUCCAGGGGUCGCUGGGCCAAGCACCAAACUCUCCAUUCCAAUGGGAAGUUUCCCGAGCAUCUUCCAAGCCGAGGUCUAUGCUAUAAGUCGGUGUGUAGGGAUAAACCUCCAACGCAACUAUCACAAUAAAAGUAUUGCUAUACUUAGCGAUAGCCAGGCGGCGACCAUAUUGGUGAUACAUAGUUUAGGACCGGUCGGCCGAUAG